AGGAGGCCUGGGCCCACAAGCAGCCAUGGGGGCCUGUGUCAUUGUGACUGACACCAAUACCUCGUCCGGUCUACAGAGUAACACCACGGGCAUCACGGCCUUCUCCAUGCCCAGCUGGCAGCUGGCGCUGUGGGCCACAGCCUACCUGGGUCUGGUGCUGGUGGCUGUGACAGGCAAUGCCACAGUCACCUGGAUCAUCCUGGCCCAUCAAAGGAUGCGCACGGUCACCAACUACUUCAUCGUCAAUCUUGCCCUGGCCGACCUGUGCAUGGCUGCCUUCAAUGCUGCCUUCAACUUCGUCUACGCCAGCCACAACAUCUGGUACUUUGGCCGCACCUUCUGCUACUUCCAGAACCUCUUCCCCAUCACAGCCAUGUUCGUCAGCAUCUACUCCAUGAUGGCUAUCGCCAUCGACAGGUACAUGGCCAUCGUCCACCCUUUCCAGCCACGGCUCUCAGCCCCCAGCACCAAGGCGGUAAUCGGCGGCAUCUGGCUGGUAGCCCUGGCCCUCGCCUUCCCCCAGUGCUUCUACUCCACCAUCACGGAGGAUGAGGGCGCCACCAAGUGCGUGGUGGCCUGGCCUGAAGACAGUGGGGGCAAGUCGCUGCUUCUGUACCACCUGGUGGUGAUCGUCCUCAUCUACCUCCUACCGCUCACUGUGAUGUUCGUGGCCUACAGCAUCAUCGGCCUCACGCUGUGGCGGCGCGCAGUCCCCAGACACCAAGUGCACGGCGCCAACCUGCGCCACCUGCAGGCCAAGAAAAAGUUUGUGAAGACCAUGGUGCUGGUGGUGGUGACAUUUGCCGUCUGCUGGCUGCCGUACCACCUCUACUUCAUCCUGGGCAGCUUCCAGGAGGACAUCUACUGCCACAAGUUCAUCCAGCAGGUUUACCUGGCGCUCUUCUGGUUGGCUAUGAGCUCUACCAUGUACAACCCCAUCAUCUACUGCUGCCUCAACCGAAGAAGCCAGCUGACAAGUCAAAUGGGAAAAAAUCUGCUGUUCCUCUGCAACUCUAGGUUUCGCUCUGGGUUCCGGCUGGCUUUCCAGUGCUGCCCGUGGGUCACACCAACUGAGGAAGAUAAGCUGGAGCUGACUCACACUCCAUCCUUCUCCUUGAGGGUCAACAGGUGUCACACCAAGGAGAUUUUGUUCCCGGCUGGGGACAUGGUCCCCUCUGAGGCUACCAAUGGGCAGGCUGGGGGUCCCCAAGAUGGGGAGUCUGUGGCACUCUCAAGUCUGGUGCCUGGUUGCAGAAUGGGGCCUAGCAUCCUUGGAGAGGCAGCCAGUUGAAGGCCAGAUCUGAAAGUUUGUCCAUGCCCACCAUUUAAUCCACCAUGGAAAGCAAGCUGGCCCCAGAACUCUACAGGAGAUACAAGCACCAGGAGGACUCAGCCACCCACCUCAGAGGGCUUUGGGAUCCAAAGAUAGUCAGCAAAGACACUGUGAAGCCAACACUUUCCCAGUGCAGGAACCACAAGCUCAAAUGUCUUCCUGGGUAUACAGUGUAAUGUGUAAAUUAGAUCCAGUUAAAAAGAAAAACUGCAAAUGAGAUGGUAAAAAGCAACAGACUUCCAAGCUCAGAGUUGGGGUGACAGGGAAAGGUAGUGACUGUGACAGGCACUCAUAGGAGACUGCGGCUGCUUAGUACGGCACAGCUGCGGUAAUGUAUGGGAUGUGUUCUACAACGAGGGCCCACUGUUGCCGGAUCUUCCAAGAAAAGCUUGGAAGUCCAAAUGUGCUUGUGAGCCUUCCAGAUUUGCCAAGUUUGGCCUUUUUUUUU